AUGACUGCCGAGGAGAGUAAAGAUUACAUGGCGAAAACAGAGGUUCAUCAGCUUUUUGAGGUAUGAUAUCGGAGAAUCAAUUAUGUGUAAUCUGUGCCACGAAACAGCUCCAAUUUGAGAGAUUCCCGCAUGAUAACAGUCACCAAUAAUUAACAGUGACUAAUGCAUAUGAAGACCGCUUCUAUGAUAUUUUUAAAAUGAAAUUUGUAGACUUUGUCCUCCAAUUUAUAAACUAUUUAGUAGUUUUGAAAAUUUUACUCCCUUCAUCAAGUUUGGAUGUACGAUGUACGUUUUUGUAGCCCCCUUUGUGGGGCGCAGCAACUAAAGGCGAAUGAUAAUCUUUAUGCUUAUUCGCAAUCUUAUAGAAUCGAAGUAAGGUGCAUCUUUUAACAAUUUCAAAUGCGAAAAAAAAAUACAUGUCCUGUAAGCUCGAGGAAAUGGAAAAAGAAAACUAAAUUAAAAAGGACCAGUUUCGGCUGAAGUUAAUUGUAAUGUUUAUCUAAAUUAGCGCAAUACAUAAAUUUUUCAAAAAUGUAAGCUUACUAGUUACAAUUGCUUACACCACUGUAAGGUGAUGUUUGCCCAUAUUUCAAUGACUAAAUAAGUGAGGGAUUUUCUUUCUGUAACUUUAUUGCACCGAACCGAACAGCCUGGUUUCAUCAGACCUUUUCUGCGGAUGUUUUUUUUAAAGUCCUCACCUGCAUGUUUACUUUCAAAAUGGAAUAUCAAUAGCGACAAAUAAACAAAUUGAUUGACGUAUGUGUGCCAGCCUGCCAGUUGCGAACGAUAAUUGUUGUGUUUAUAAAGAUUUGUUAAAAUCCUAAGUGCAUGACUUAAAAUAUGUUUCUUUUGUUUUUUUGGUCUGAACGUUCUACAACAGCUCAAAGAGUUAACCUUUUGAGAGGCCAAUGAAAUUGAUAAGAAUUAAUUAUUAAAUUUUCCAUGACAUCUGUUAUUUUUAAGUGCUGUAGUUUUUUAAUUAUGUCAAUGAUUUUUUUUCAACAGACUGAAAAAUCUUGAUCUUUUUUUUUCUGCAGGGGAUGCUGACUGGCCUACUUUACCAUAAGCCAGAGGAUCAUUUAGCUUUUCUGGAAAAUUGCAUCUCCCUCGCAAAAACCGAAAAAGACAUCAAGUGGAACACUUUCCUUGAUGUCAGCAAAAAGCCAUUACCGCCCAUCCCAAAAACUGAUGGACCCAUUAAAUCUGAGGCUGGAGAUGAGGUACGCACUUUCACAACUGAACCAGAAUUGAAAACAAGACAACCUCUUCCACCAAUCAGUGGGCAGCGUCCAUCCAUUGACGAUGAUGAGAAGGACUUGACAGAAACGAAUAUUUUAACAUCAGAAUCAGAGGAGGAGGUGGAGGUAGAAUUUUCAGGGCAGAGGAUCGUGUUUGUUCUUGGUAAGUGUAAAGUAUUGUAA